CCGAAACAUCUUGGUACCGAAACGUCUUAAUAAUAAAGUGCCGAAACGUCUUGGUGCCGAAAAGUCCUGCACCCUUGCUUUGCACGGGAACCAGUUUAUCACGCGCCAAUGAAAAAUUAUUUUGAGAGAGAAUCUACACCAUGAGUGAACAUGCCACUGCCUAUCAAUACGCUAACAGUUGUUGCCGCUGCUGGUGUUGCCUUUACAGUAAUGUUAGGUGGAUUAUUUUUUGUUGAUCCUGACCCAGAUGAAAAAGUCCUGAAACAAAUUGACAUUCAGGAUGUGAAAGAAAUGAUACAAAAAGAGAUUCAGAACAUAAAGAAAAAUCAGCGUGAUGAACAGAAGGGUGGACAGACGAGUCAGGUUGAACAGUACAAAAAGGGGGAGGUGGAGGUGGAGGUGACUCCUGAAAUGUUGAGCAGCAUCAUCAGCACUGCAGUAGAGAAGACGAUGAAACGACAAAACGAUCGGAUACAAGAGAAGUUAGAUAUACUGAGUGAUCUAGAGGAAAAAUUAAUAGAGAGACUGGACGAACACAACAGGAAGGAGGAAACUCUGAAAAUAGGAUAUCAGCCAUCCCCUGAAAAUGACAUCGGAGAAAAACUGCACAAAAUUGAAAAGUUGUUACUGGAAAGAAAAUCGAAUAAUUUUAAUUAUAGUUAUUAUGUUGACAUAGCUAUGACGAACAUUUCCUCUGCCAUAUCAACAAUCAAGAAUCUCUCAGCUGAAGUGUAUGUUCUUAUUUCUUCAAAAUCGGCACCACUAUUAAAUGCUGUGUCUUUCGGAUAUUUCCAAGAUCAUCCUAUCAUCCUAUCAGUCAUCGCCUUGGUCUUGGAUAUUUUAGUUGUAUACUGCCUAUGUCGAGUGUGUUCAAGGUUCCGCAGAAGAAAAAAGAUUACGAAACCGGAGGCCAUCAAAAUUGGCGGAAAAGAAUUAAAACAUGUGUUCACUUCAAAACCACCCUCCUUCUCAUCUGACUCAAGUUUAAAGGUUUGCAUAUAUGUUUAACAUGUUCAAUUUUUGAUAUUGACAUUUAAAACAAUUUUGGAUAAGAUUUAUCUUUUUUGUGAAUAAGACAGAAAUCGGAAGAGACUCUGCCUGAAGACAUUUGAAUGCCUUUAGAUUCUAAAACUUAAGUCUGGAGAUAGAUAAAUAGAUUGAGUGAGUUUUAGGGCUCUGUCAUACGAUGGUGCCCUUUAGUAAUCACUUUGUCAGUCUGUUUGUCUGUCCAUCUGUCAGCACUAGCUUUCUAUGGCCAAAUUAAAAAAAAUGCCCUUGUUUCCAAUCACCAGACCGACCCCCA